AUCAACUUCCCCAUGUUCACCCGCAUUCCCCCUCCGAUAUCAUCCUUCACCGCUACUCCACCGCAGAUAAAACGACAACGAUGUCUUCCCUCCCUCCUCCGCCGUCGCAAAAUCAAAAUCAAAAUCGCAGCACCAACCACGGCCCCGCAAACGCAAAUCAAUGGAACUCGACACCUGCGCCCCCUCCACCACCUCCACAGGAGCGCAUACUCCCUCCCUCCCCCCCCUGGCACCUCUCCACCCGUUCACCGUGACCGCGCUCCCCGGCAAAGGGCUGGCACUUCUCGCCACCUCGUUCAUCCCAACCGGAACACACCUCUUCUCAGAAUCACCGUUACUCCUGUUAACCUCCUCGUCCUCGCACGCGCUCCCGCAAUCAACGCGGGUACUGGCGGGGUUCUCGCUGCUCCCGCCGGCGCCGCGCGCCGCGCUGCUGGCACUGUGCUCGAAUCUGCCGCUGAUACCGGUGCCCACUGACGAGUCCACCGCCCUCGCCGUCUGGAAGGCGAAUAAUUUCUGCUUGGAUAGUGAGGGCACCGUUAAUGGCGUCUUUGCACUCGCCGCGAGACUGAAUCAUGCUUGUGUUGGUGGCGAGAAUUGUAGGUGGGUUUGGGUUGCGGAUGGGGAGGGCGAAGGCAAGGGGGAGGACGGCGGGGAGGGGGAAGGGGAGGCGGAGAGAGGGCAGAUUCAGUUCUGGACGGAUAGGGAUAUCGCGGUGGGGGAGGAACUAACGCACUGCUACCGGCCCGACUGGCGGAUGGGCACCGUCAAUCGGCGAGCGGCGCUGUCGGAAGAGUACGGCUUCGACUGUGGAUGCACUACGUGCGAGGAGCCCGAGGUCGAUGAUUGA